AUGCAGCAUAUAUAUUUGACACUUCUUGCCUCCCAUUCUCCCCUUCCUGCCUCCCUUCUUUCCCUUAUCCCCCAUCCCUCCCUUCCCUCCCUUCCCUCCCUUCUCUCCCUUCCCUCCCUUCUCCCCCGUUCCUCCCUUCUCCCCCGUCCCUCCCUUCUCUCCCUUCCCUCUCUUUUCUCCCUUCCCUCCUUUCUCUCCCUUCCCUCCCUUCUCUCCCUUCCCUCCCUUCUCUCCCUUCCCUCCCUUCUCUCCCUUCCCUCCCUUCUCCCCCGUCCCUCCCUUCUCCCCCGUCCCUCCCUUCUCUCCCUUCCCUCCCUUUUCUCCCUUCCCUCCUUUCUCUCCCUUCCCUCCCUUCUCUCCCUUCCCUCCCUUCUCUCCCUUCCCUCCCUUCUCUCCCUUCCCUCCCUUCUCCCCCGUCCCUCCCUUCUACCCCGUCCCUCCCUUCUCCCCUCCCUCCCUUCUCUCCCUUCCCUCCCUUUUCUCCCUUCCCUCAUUUCUCUCCCUUCCCUCCCUUCUCUCUCUUCCCUCCCUUUUCUCCCUUUCCUCCCUUCUCUCCCUUCACUCACUUCUCUCCCUUCACUCACUUCUCUCCCUUCCCUCCCUUCUCUCCCUUCCCUCCCUUCUCUCCCUUCCCUCCCUUUUCUCCCUCCUUUCUUCUCUUCCGCGCCGUGCAUUCCCAUUGUCCCCUGCCUGCCUCACAAUCUAUCCUUCCAGCCUCGCCCUUGUCGUCCUGCCUGUCAUUCCAUCUCCCCUCCCUGCAUACCCCUCUCUUCCUGUCCUCCCUUCUCUGCGCCUCUCCCCCUCACUGUGCCCCCUGCUGUACUAUUCCCUCUUGUUACCUUUCCUGCCACCCCUCCGAAGCUGAAAGCGAUCUCAAAGUGCUUUUCCUCACAUGCCUUCCAAAGCCUCCUUCUCCCCCUGAGUCCCCUCCUCCCCCUCGACCUGAUUCCUCUCGACUUCUUCCUGAUUCCCCUCAUUUUCGUCCUGAUUCCCCUCAUUUUCGUCCUGAUUCUCCUCAUUUUCUUCCUGAUUCCCCUCAUUUUCGUCCUGAUUCCCCUCAUUUUCGUCCUGAUUCUCCUCAUUUUCUUCCUGAUUCCCCUCAUUUUCUUCCUGAUUCCCCUCAUUUUCUUCCUGAUUCCCCUCAUUUUCUUCCUGAUUCCCCUCAUUUUCUUCCUGAUUCCCCUCAUUUUCUUCCUGAUUCCCCUCAUUUUCUUCCUGAUUCCCCUCAUUUUCUUCCUGAUUCCCCUCAUUUUCUCCCUGGUUCCCCUCAUUUUCACCCUGACUCUCCUCUUCUUCAUCCUAAUUCCCAUCAUUUUCUCCAUGAUUCCUCUCAUCACAGCUUGUGGUUGA